UGUUACGUAAUUUUGGAGCAGAGCAGAGCAGAGGCAUGGUGAUAUCCUCUCGCAAACCCUAAACAGUUUAACCCGUUCUUCUGCCGCACCACCUUGAAGCUGCCACCUCCUGGUGUUCACGAUUGCGUUUUCACCGCUUUGAAGCUAUCACCGUCGCUGUUUAGAUUGAACAGGAAGAAUCUACACCGACCUCAAAUCCAGUAUUCUUUUUCAAGGAAGCUGAUUCGAAAGAGAUUCAAUAGUUUACCCAAUUCGAGUCCCCGUAUAUUGAGUUUCAGUUUCUGCACUAAUGAAGAGGAAAACACAAGAGCUUGUCAAUGAGCCCAAUCUUGAUAUUGAUCUAAAACCUUUCAUCCAUGAAAAUUCUCUGUUCUUUGACAAGUUGAUUGAGCUCAUCCCGGCUAGGUUCUAUCUUCCAACUGAUGAUAAGGAGAAGAAGUGGUUCCAAGGCCUUAGCAAGGAUGAAAAGGCUUUGGCAAAGAAGGAAUCAAGAGAAAACAUCAAGAAAGCACGGAGAGAGAGGCUAGACCCAGAGAAGACUUCCACAACUACCCUAGAUUUGCUUAUGAAAAAUUUGGACAUGGAAAAAUCAAAUGAUGAGAGUGAUGAAGAAGAGGUGGAGAUUAAUCCAAUGAUAUCCGGUCUGGAAGGUGAAGAUCAAUCAGCAACAUAUGAGGAACUCCGGCAACGACUUCAUCGCAAAAUUGAAGAGCUUCGAGGUGGUCGAAACAAUAGUAGCUCAAACAAAGUUAAGAAGAAAAAUGAGACAAAAGGGAUUCAGCAAAAGAAACGCAAGAGGGAAUCAGAGUCUGAACAAAAGAAACCAACAAUGAGUACUUCAGUGGAAGAAGUGGAGAAGGAUAUAGCUGAAGCUACGAAGGAACUUAAAUUUAGUCAUGUUAAACUUGGGAACGAAGAAGAGCUUGGAAAGAAGAAGAAAAAGAAACUUCUAAAGUCGAAGGAACUUGAAAGGGCAAGAAAAUUGGAGGAAGCUAAGAAGGACCCAGAGAAAGGGGACAUUGUUGCAAAGAAGCAUUCAUGGAAAGCUGCAACAAGCAGAGCUGCCGGCAUUAAGAUUCAUGAUGAUGCAAAGCUGUUGAAACAGAGCAUAAAGAAGGAGAAGAAGAGACAUCAAAAGAAUGUUGAGAAAUGGAAUGAGAGGAUUGAAACCCAGCAGAAAAUGAAAGCAGAAAAACAGCAGACGAGGUCAAAGAAUAUAGCUGAUAGAAUUCACCAGAAAAAGAUGCGGCGGAUUGCAAAGCGAGAGAAAAAGCUCAUGCGGCCAGGGUUUGAAGGUCGGAAGGAAGGUUACAUCAAUGAAGGUUCAACUGAAGGUGCCCCACGUUAGAAGUUCUGUAUUAGCAUAUAUUAAUGUGGCCCCUUUUUCCAUACUUGCAGUAGAACGGGCGUAAUCUUGAUACUCAGAGCCAUAGAUGAUGCUUAGGCAUACUGUUGUGAACUGAUGUUUCCCUCCUUUAUACCUUAUUAAAUUUACCGGCGUCCGAAUAUUGAUUUUUGGUUGCAACAAUAUUUUAUGGGCAUCGAUCUGCUGUCCACUAGGAUGCAGUUGUAACGUUAUUUCAUCGUCAAUUUUUAUAUGUUAUUUUCUUUUUAUUGUC